ACUGCACAGUGCAGCACACCAGGACAUCGAGUUAGCUCCGAGGCCUGAUACCACCAUAUCACCUACGAAGAUGGACGGCGAAACCAUUACGAAAGAGCAGAAGGAGCUUUGCGAUGUCGUAGACGAAAUGACUCGGAGUAUGUCAUCUGUGCGCGAGCUCAUUCAAUCUCUACGUGCAAAGUCCUCUGACGAGCUGGACGUACGAGAUGGCAUCUCACUACUGUCGCUCAAAAAUCACCUUGGGCUCGCUUACCUUCAGAAUCUCACACUCGUCUCCGCGCAUCGGGCCCUUGGGCACAGUCUAGAAGAGAGCACUCCUCCCUCGAAGCCGUUCGGGGCGUUGGAUCGAGAGCCCCGUGGCUCCUCCCCUGGGGACUUGGUCAAUUCGAUGGUCGAGGGACGGGUGGUGCUCGAAAAGAUCAAGAUUUUGGAAGGGCGUAUGCGGUAUCAGAUUGAGAAGUUGGUGCGGGUUGCUGAAGAAGCGCCUACCGACGGCAAUGUCCUGAACGACCCUCUCGCAUUCCGGCCAAACCCCGAAAACCUUAUAGGCAACGACUCAGAUGCGUCGGAGGCGGAAGAAGGUGCUGAUGCUGAAGACACGAGGGACAAUGAUGGAAUCUACCGCCCUCCCAAGCUCGCCCCGGUACCCUACGUGGAGACGUCGAAGAAAGACAAAUCCCGGCGGCAACCGAUCCCGACCGCGCUGUCUUCCCUUACCCACUUGGACCCCACGAAGCCGUAUACCGAGUCUGCUUCAGGCUUGGGAGCCACACCUUCGCUCUCAUCAGCUCGUGCCCGGGAGAUCCAGCGCAUGACGGAGUUCGAGGAGGAAAAUAUGAUGCGGUUGGUGAUGAAGAAAAAGGAUGCCAAGCGGAGGAGGAUGGACGAGGAGGACAUCGCGCUUGGUGGUAUGGGCGGCCUGCAGGGCAGACGUCGGGGAGACGGUUUGGACGCCGAGUUCGGCGACGUGCUCAGAUCCGUUGGGAGGAGUCGCAAUGGGGCGAUUGGGGAUGGUUAUGAGGAGUUACGACAGAGAGGGAAGAAGCAAGGGGCCUUGGAGAGAUCUCGCGCAAGAAAUAUGGAGGAUAGCGUGGAGGAGGGUCCUCGGCAGAGGAAGAGAGGAAGAUUCGACAAGGCGGUGAAAGCGACGAAGAGGAGAAUGUCGUCCAAGUCGAGGAAGUGAUAGUAUCUCUUUCCUUCAUUCAUGUCCAUGACACGUAUGGCAACUCAGCUUGGUAUACUCUUUUUGCAUUGGGGAGG